AUGGGCAUUGGCAUGGUCAUUGGCGCCACAUUGCCAUUGGCACCUGUCGGCAUUUCAAAACGGGGCUUACAUUACUUUCCCAUUGCCACAAAAAUUUCCAACAUACAACAUGCACAGGCACUGGAUGCUCUCAACGAGGUCUGUCCACAUCUCCGGCUUCGGUCUCAUAUGUAUAUCUAUAAAGAUAGAAAUGUACGCAGUCAGGCGGCUUCUACCCAUGCACAGGCCCUUAUUGAAGGCGUGGAGAUGAGAAAAUGGGCUAGUGUUGACAAGUAUCGAUGUGCGCGUAACGCUCUGUUAGCUCUCAGCUAUCGACUCAAUAAGUCGGGCUGGGACAUUUCCCUUCCACCACUCUUGGAUUCAGAUGUAAGGCCUAUGGGCGAUAUGGAGAGACAAGGGACUGGUACGAUCUCUUGGAUCUGGCUAGACUCACAUGUGGACAAUAGCAGCUCAGAAAAUGAGCGCGUCCAGGAUUGCAUUCGAGUAGAGUGGUGCAAAGCGCACGCACACGCAAACUGUUGGUCAGAAGAAGUUGAACUUCUCCUUGAGGAGAUGUGGAGAGUUAUAGUCUUCUUGAAGUGGCAGGCAGAGUAG